CAAAACGUUUCCUUUUCCACCAUAUUCCCUCGUGUUCCAAGACCGACAAAGGGCAUAACCAGUCAUGGCUGACCCAGAAAGCAACCCAACAACUGUUGAAGAGACUGACCCUGAUGUAGAGGAAGUAGAUGAAAUUGAGGAGGAAGAAGAUGAUGCUCCACCCAAUCAAACAGCUUUAGGACUGACCAGUCAGCUAAUGCAGAAUCCACAGGUUCUUGCAGCACUUCAGUCCAGAAUGGAUGGCAUAGUUGGUACACCUUCUGGAUAUAUUCAGAGUUUACCAAAGUCGGUCAAGAGAAGAAUAAAAGCACUGAAAAAACUACAGUUUGACUCUUCCAAAAUUGAAGGUGAUUUCUACAAAGAAGUUCAUGAAUUGGAAUGCAAAUAUGCUACCAAGUAUAUACCACUUUUCGAGAAGAGAUCUAAAGUUGUAACUGGGGGAAUAGAACCAACAGAUGAAGAAUGUGAUUGGCCAAGUGAUGAAGAGAAAGAAGAUGAAAAGGUGGCUCAACUUUCGGAUGAAGUGAAAAACAAAGCGAAAAUUGGAGAUGCAGAGAAGGCUGAUUCUGAAGAAAAGGAGAAAAAAGAAGAUAAUGAGGAAAAGCCAAAUGACAAACCAAAAUCAGAUGAAGGAGCUGACGUCAAAGGCAUUCCUAGCUUCUGGUUAACAGUGUUCAAAAAUGUAGAUAUGUUAUCUGAAAUGAUUCAGGAUCAUGAUGAGCCUAUAAUCAACCAUCUACAAGAUGUUAAAGUUAAAUUUUUAAAUGGGGAAGAAAUGGGUUUUACGUUAGAAUUCCAGUUUGAAUCAAACAAAUUUUUUAAUAACACAGUAUUGACAAAAACAUACACAAUGAGAUCAGAACCAGAUGAAGCAGAUCCAUUUUCAUUUGAAGGUCCAGAAAUAAUUAAGUGUAAAGGAUGUGAAAUAGAUUGGUGUAAAGGACAAAAUGUAACAGUAAAAACAGUAAAAAAGAAACAAAAACAUAAAGGACGAGGAACAACUAGGACAAUAACUAAAACCGUACAAAAUGAUUCAUUUUUCAAUUUCUUUAGUCCACCACAAGUUCCUGAAGAUGAAUCAGAAAUGGAUGAAGAUUUAGAAGCAUUAUUAGCAGCAGAUUUUGAAAUAGGACAUUUUAUAAGAGAGAGAAUAGUGCCUAGGGCUGUAUUAUAUUUUACUGGAGAGGCUUUAGAAAAUGAUGAUGAUCGCACCUGGUUGAUGAAGUUUGAUGAAGAAGAGGAGGAGGGUGAAGAGGAGGGAGAAUAUGAUGAGGAUGCAGACCCAGAUUUUAAUCCUCAGACUGCCGGAGGUAAACCAGAAGAGUGUAAACAACAAUGAAAAAGACAUUAGAACAACUUUUUAUCACCUCAUCUUAGUCAUUUUGUCAAAUUUUUAUUAUUUUUGUUUAAAAUUUUGACAUUAACCAUAUUCAUCUUUGUGUACACGACAAAGUAUGCAUCAGAUCCGGUCAUGUAUAGUAAUAAAUGCAUAAUACACUGAUGCAUUAGGAGGAAUUUUAUGCAUCUCAGAAAUAUUAAGGCAAAUUAAUUAACCAAUCAUUCUCAAUUUGUAUGGUAUUUCAGAAUUGUUGAAACCACAAGAUUUGGUACUGUACAAAUUAAAUAUUUGCCUUUAGCUUAUGGAGAAAUAUUUUUGAUACCCGGGUUUAUUUUUACCACUUGUUAAAUGCUGUAAUAAUCAUAUAGGUAAUAGAUUACAAGUUGAAGAACUUUAAUAAAAACCAGACCACCUUAGAACUGGAUUGGUUUACUGCUGCUCUUAAAAAGUGGUAGUUUUGAAUUCUGAAUUUACAUUAAAACCAUAUCUCCUUGGCAAAAGAAAGAACUACUAAGUUACUCAUGUAAAAGUUGCUAUGCAUGGCCAACAGAUGUAUUCUUAGCAUAUUUCCAUCAAUAUACAAGAGAUAAGGUAACUGUUCCAAACAUGUUAAAUGGCCAGGGAUACAUGAUCAUUGCUCUACCAUUUGUUUGUUGGUUUUUUUUAUGAAUUUGCUUUAUUUUGUUUGCUUGUUUGAAAGCUUCAUGAUUUUGCUUUUUAAACUGGCUGUAAAUCAAAUGUUUUGUCAUAAAAUAUAAGGAGGGAAUAUUUUUGUACACGUGAUAGAACAUCAGAUAAAUGCAUUUAGUUUUGAUGUGGUAUGUUUCAAUGCUUACAUAAGUACAAAAUACAUUCAAGAUGUACAACACAAAAAAAACCAUGAAAGAUUAAUAUUAAUUACUGUGAUGUUUAUCUUAAAAUAAUAUGGAUAGAUGUGUUAGUAUAAUUGUUUUACAAUCCUUUUCAUACAGCAACUUACGAUAGUGUUGUCUGUUUUGAGAUCUAUAAAUCUAAAAAAAAAAAAUUAUGAAAAAAAACCAGAUUUUUUAACUGUGUUGCUUAUUUUGGAGUGAAUUUUUUGCCCUGGUAAUUAAAAGGUUGCCCAGUAUGUCUAUUACUAUUAUUUUUAGAAUUCUGUAUAAGAUAAAUUUGUGAAAGAGUGAAUCAAUUGACCAUGAAAGCAACUUUUCAUGUGCUCUGUUUACAAUUUUUGUUGCAUUUUAAAAAUUAAGCAGUCAUCUUGGUCAAAUAAUUAUAAGUAUUUCAGUGAAUGUUAGCAAUAAUUGAACGGCUAUUGUGGUCAUGAAAGAUACCUUUCACUGUUUAUUUAAGACUGCAAAAUUAAUGUUAACCAUAGAAACAUAAUGGGCAACUUUUUUAUAAUUCACCAAAAAUUCUGACAAACUACUAAAAAAGGAUUGAAGAUCUGCAUACAAAAUUUUGACUUUUAAUAAUUAUCUUUGAAGAUUUUGUUCAACUCCAACAAACUAUAUGUGGUUUAUAUUCUUGCCAUGACAUUCUUAAGGCCAAACAAAGGUAAUUCCUAGAUUCCAAUUAUUGUUUUAUUUACCUUUCACAUUAAUAUAAACAUAAAUGAUAACUCAAUUAUAAGUAAACAAUUGUAAAUGGCUAAACAUUUAAAUGAACUGUAUGAUGAUGGUUACUAUAGAUUGGGGUUGGGGUCUAGUCUAAUGGUAUCUGGACUUACUAGAAUUGAUCAUAAAUAAUUUUGUAUCAUUAUGGACGGUAGAUUUUAAAGAAUGUUUUAUUAUUAAGGAUUGCCAUUUUUGUUCUGUUUAUCAUAUUGAUUGUUUUGUACUGUAGGCAUUUAAAAAAAUUAUGAAUCUCUUUAGGACAAGCUAUUUUGUAUUAAGAAUGACAUAAAAAUAAGAUAGUUUGACGUUGAAGUAAAGUGAGGAAAACUUAAAUUGAUCUUUUGAAUAAUUUGACAAAUGAAACCAAAAGGAAUAAAAUAUAUUUUGCUGACACUUUUUAUUUGUCUUACCUUCAACUAAAUAACAAGGUAUUGUAAUUUCCUAUUAGAAAAAUAAAACUUGUCCAAAGCCUCGGUUUCCUGACAGGAGAAUUAAAAGCAAGUCAAAAGUAUCAAGUAAUUUCCUGGUAGGACAUAGGUUAAACCUUUGAAAUUAAAACAUACUUGGUUGUUUUCUUUUCAACUAGUAUGUAGUCGAAAUAGGAGGAGCAUUUCAUAUUGGAUAUAGUUCUCCAAUAUUUCAUGAUUACAAAUGGCCUUCUUCAAUGUUGGGACUUCAUAGUACACGCGUAGAAAUGAUAAAAAGACUUGUACACAUAUAUAUCUGUGCACAGCCAAUUAACCAACAAUGCAGAAUUUGAAAACCAGAUAAUUACAUGGAUUAAUAUUAAUAGAAUGCAUAAUAUUCUGUAUAAAUGUAUGACAACUUUUUUUCCAAUCAUUUAAGUAGAAAGAAGUGGUGUUUCCAUAUAGUUUGCACACUUCAUGUCGCAUACAAGUCAUUCCAUUAAUAAAUCCAUUAACUUAAAUGUAAGAAAGAUUUUGAAUGGUUUAAAGGUUCCAUAGUUUAAACAUUACUGAACAAAGGCAGAUAGAUAGAUAUUAAAUUUUGAUCUUUUCAGUAUGAGUAUGUGUAUACAUUUUGAAGUGGGGAGGGGGAAUUGUUCUUCAAAGUAAAGAACUUUUACAAAUUAUCAGAGUUAAGAUAAAUGGUAUAUUACUGCAAAAUCGUGAAAAUUACAAGAUAAUUUUUGGAAGGGAUUACUCAAAGAGUGUCCUAUUCAUAGCCUUGUUCAUAGAAGUAACUAGUAUUCUUUAAUAAUUUUACUAUGACUAUUUUAUGUACUUGUUAUAUAAAAUAACAAAAUCCUUCACCUAGUUUUUAUCGUUAUGAAAGAUAACUUGUUAUAAAUGUACUUGUUCAUAUAUAUUAUUGUCAUCUUGUAACAUUAUUUGUACAGUGUAUAUAUUUUUGAAGGACUCCUUUCAAAUUUAAAUGUUUUUUUCAGGUAACCAUUUGUAAGUGCUUGUUAAUUUAUUUUUAAGCAACAUGACUCUUUGAAUAUAAAACUACUGUGGAUUUCAUUAUUUUUCGUGGCAUACCAAUUUUCUUUGUAUAGGAUAACCAGGAAUUUAAAUGUUUAAGGAAGUGUUUAUUUUUUCUAUGAUGCAGACUGGCAAAUCCACAAAACAAAUAUCCAUGAAAAUACAAUUUUUCCUCAAUCCAAAAAAAUUGGUAUCAUGAAAAUAAAUGAAUUCACAAUACGUACGGAUGGUGAAUCUUAAAUUUUAUCUACAAUUGUUGAAAGUUAUCUUGCUGCAGUUUAUUACAAAUAAAUGUACUGCUCAUGGGACUCGAUCUAAUUAAAAAACAAAAGGCCCAAAAAAAAGAAAGAAAAGAGAGGUUUUUGGGGCUGUAUUGAUGACAAAUUUUCCGCCAUGCAGAUUUCAGGUGUUAUAGUAUUUUCUAUUGUGGUGACGAUGGAUUGUUAGGCUCUUGUGAAAAUUUCAAUAUAAUGACAAUGUACUGUCUGUUGCUUCAAACUCCAUCCAUCUGUAAACCAAUUUUCUCCUAGUGGUUGAUACUAUUUAGAGGAUUACAAAACUUUUUUGUUAAAAACGUCAGCUGCUGAAAUACAAGUUGCACAAGGGGACUUACAAAAGUUCUUUUUUCACUUUUUUUUGUUUUAACAGCUGUAACUUUUUUAAAAAGCUUGCCCCUUUUACAAGAUAAUUGGUCAACAGAUUCAUGAUCAGUGAUGCAACAUGGUUGUUGUUUUACAUUGAAUUUGAAAUUUGAGAUUUGGUGCUUACAGAGCAGUGUUCAUUAGAUUGAUAAGGAUAAUAUUUUUUGUGAAAAGGAAUUGAGAUUUUAUUUGAUUGCAGUUGAUUGUUUUAAGAAAAUGCCUCGUGCUUAUUGUCUAGUCAAAAUUGCUUUGUCAGAUUGAGCCAGACAUUAAAUACAGAUUGAUGUUGACAUGAUGUAUUUCUUUGCUGGUUGAACAUAGCUGCGAGAAAAAAGUUACAUAUAAACAAUAAAAAAUCUUGGGUAUUAUAAUGUGAUUGUGAGCUAUUCAUGUUUGUAGCUUGUGUUAAAUCCUUGUAGACAUUUUACGAUGAUGUGAAAUGUUUAUUUGAAAAGAAUGAAGAUGAAAGUUUUGUACAAUUCAGAUAUAUGCAGUAAUUUUUAGAUAACUCUGUUUUGUACAAUUGCUUCUUUAAAAAAAGCAAAUUCAACUCUAUAAAGAUUAUUUUUUCCCCACUUCUAAUGGAAUCAAUAUAAAUUUAGGUCAUACCAAUUUGAUAUUCUGUUGACAAACUUUUAAUUUGGUAUGAAAUACAGAUUGAUAUGGCUUAUAAAAAUCUGAAAUAAGCUUGAAAGGAAUUAGUAAAAUAUUUUUACCUCGGAAAAAAGGUUGUAUUGCUCAAAUUUCAAAUGUGAACAUUUGUACAGGAAUCUCGGCUACCAAUUGCAUAAAUGAAAUAAGAGUUUAUCAGCACCAAAAGAAAGUUGGUAAAACCAUCAGUUCUUCAUAUACAUAAAAAAAUCAUACUUUAGAAAAUUCAAAUUGUUCUGAUCACAAUAUUUUCAUGUAGACAAGUGUUUGUUUCCUUUUAUGCAAAAUUCUCACAAAGAACAUUGUAUAACAAACACCAGCAGAUGUGCAGACUAGCUUUAUUAUCAAAUUUGUUGCUGAAUAACUGAAAACACAUAAAAACAUGGGUCUGAUUAAAAUUUAAAUUUCAUCCA